AUGAGUGCCAUCCUCUCCGCCGAUGAUUUAAACGACUUUAUAUCACCUGGAGUGGCUUGCAUAAAGCCUGUCGAAACCCUGCCCCAGAAGCAUGCAGCUGAUCAGGAGGAGUCCUACGAAGUCACGACCGAAGACAAAGUUCAGCCGGAACAGCAAGCCCCGGCACAAAUAUCCUUAACUGAUUGCCUCGCAUGCUCAGGUUGUGUCACAUCUGCUGAAGCGGUGUUGAUUUCUCUGCAAUCCCAUGCCGAGGUUCUGAAUACCCUAGACGCCUAUCCACCAGCACCGAUUAUUACCGGCGAAGGAGGGCAUAUCAGUCUACCAAGAAAGCUUGUGAAUGAUGAAAGGAUAUUUAUUGCAAGUGUCAGCCCUCAGGUCAGGGCUAGCUUGUCUGCCACCUAUGGAAUUUCCGAGAGCAAGGCAGGUCACAUGAUUGAUCAGUUUCUCCGUGGUCCCCAGGGAUUGCGUGCUGGUGGGAAGCAUCAGAAUGGGUUCACUUGGGUUGUUGAUACGGAUAUUUUGCGCCAAGUUGUUCUUACGCUUACUGCUGAGGAGGUGGCAGAAGAUUUACAGAGCGCAAAUUCAUCAUCCAAUCAAUCACAAUUCGCGCUUCCAAACCGUCCUAUUUUAUCUUCUGCCUGCCCUGGCUGGAUAUGUUAUGCGGAGAAGACACAUCCAUAUGUUCUCCCCCACUUGUCGCGUUUAAAGUCACCACAAGCGCUAGCGGGGACAUUUCUUAAAUCCAUAUUAAGCCGAGUGCUUGGCGUAUCUCCUUCGCAGAUUUGGCAUCUUGCCAUCAUGCCUUGUUUCGAUAAGAAGUUGGAGGCUAGCCGGGAGGAAUUGACAAGCACGGCAUGGGAUGUCGACAACGCGGAUACCUCGCAACCGCCUGUUCGAGACGUCGACUGCGUUAUAACAUCACGAGAAUUACUGAUGCUGGCAUCAUCUCGGAAUACCAACCUUUCCUCUUUACCACUAAAACCUUUGGCUUUGCCCUAUGCUCCUCACUUUCCGGACCACAAAGUGGAUUCAUUCCUAUUCUCUAAAACCUAUAAACAAGACCAGCAUUAUGGAUCUUCUGGUGGGUAUCUUUACUACGUUCUUUCAAGUUUUCAGGCACGACACGCAGGGAGCAACAUUGUCACCCAGCGAGGUCGUAAUUCAGAUGUGCUUGAGUACACCUUGGUGUCCGAGUCUGGGCAGACCAUCUUGAAGGCGGCGAGGUAUUACGGUUUUAGAAACAUCCAGAAUCUUGUUCGAAGAUUAAAACCAGCUCGUGCUUCACGGCUUCCUGGUGUAAAUAAGCGUGGCACUGCUGGUACUGCGUCUACCACAUCGACUGGGCUCGAUUACGCAUAUGUGGAAGUCAUGGCGUGCCCAGGGGGUUGCACUAAUGGAGGUGGUCAAAUACGUAUAGAUGAUGCUCGAGAGGCGAAUGCAAGUCUGCGAGCUGCAGACUCGGACGAUCCUAUAACUCAAACACAAAAGUCAUCUGUUUAUGAACAACGCGCCUGGCUUGCGCGAGUUGACGAAGCAUAUUUCUCGGCUGAUUCUGACGAUGAACCCGAACACACAUCAUCAAACGCAUCCAUUCUGGAAAGAGAGUCCAGGUCACACGACAUUGUGAAAUACUGGACUGAAUUAACAGGCUCCAAUUUGGAAAGUCUCGUAUAUACAACAUAUCGAAAAGUCGAAAGUGACGUGGGUAAAGACAAGAAGAGCGUUAAUGAUACCGCUCGAGUUGUUGAACUUGCCGGUAAAAUUGGUGGUGGGUGGUAA